AUGAGUUACCAGAAACGUUAUGCAGAACGCUGCAGCAGGGCAGUUGGCUCCAUGUUGGGCCGGAUUACUAAGCUCAAGGACUGCAAGGUGGUGGGUUCAGCAGGGUCUGACGCCAAGGUGGCCUUCCUUAAAGAGCUGGGCUUCGACGAGGCCUUCAACUACAAGACUGUUAGUUCUCUGGAGGAGGCACUGAAGAAGGCCUCUCCAGAGGGAUACGACUGCUUCUUUGAAAACGUGGGAGGCCCCUUUUCAACUGUUGCCUUGCAGCAGAUGAAGAACUUUGGAAGAAUAGCUGUGUGUGGAAGUAUUUCUGUGUACAAUGACACCACUCCUCAGACAGGCCCGUACCCCCAUCUGACUAUGAUCUUCAAGCAGCUUAAGAUGGAGGGCUUCAUGCAGAGCAGGUGGGAGCACAAGCACCCAGAAUCCCUCAGGAGGCUGAUGGGAUGGCUGAAGGAGCAUAUCACACUGACUUCCGCUGUUGGACUAUGACUAAGUAACUUGAUACAUCAGCCAUAAAAGCACAGUAUCCAGUCCCUGAAGGGCAUUCCUGAACUUCUCUGCUCGUCAGUCAGUGUGGGACACGUCCAUUCAGCCGUUAAUCAUGGUUCGCAUGGUGGAAAGUGUGGCGGAGUUUGAUGACAUCCUGAAGGAGGCCGGAGACAAGCUGGUGGUGGUGGACUUCACAGCCACAUGGUGUGGCCCCUGUAAAUACAUCGCCCCAGUAUUUGAA